ACAGUGGCGCUAAAUACGAUCGUCUGUUGCUGAAUGAAAAUCAUUGGAUUGUAAAGUUAAUGGACAUGUCAAACACUGCUGAAGAAAUCAUUCAGAUAGUUGACAGCAUACUCAAAAAAGAGAAUACAGAUGAUGGGGUGUGGCUACAGUGGCUGGAUGAGGCAUUGAGACUGAUUAGUAAUCUCCACUCAGAUUACCUUGGAGGAAUUGAAAAAACAAAAUGCAUAACUCUGGAAACUAAUGGAGUGUCUUUGUGGAAUCAUGCAGUUGGGCUGAAGACAAAAGGUUGUUUGUCCACUGUUACCAAUGCCAAAUUGAGGCACUUGUCCUUCAUGAUAGUGGCAUUUGCCAACCAAGGAGUUAAGGAUGAAGAAACCCUGAAAAAGCAAAUUGUGAUGGGGAUGAAAACAGGAAGAGCAUGGAUAGAUGCACAUCAACCUGAACAAGCUGAAAUUGUUUUGAAUAUUUCAAAUCAGUGUGCCCAGAAGCUGCAUUCCACUGUAAUAGAAAGAAAGAAUGAAACUGGUGGGGGAAAUGAGGUGAUGGAGAGACAGAGGAUGGAAAUAGAAAAGGACAUGUUUAAACUGCUGUGCUACAAGGCAGAAGUGGAAAUGUUGCAGUGUAGAAAUGAAGCAACUGUAAACUUGGUACAGAUGGCCAAACAGAUGCUCACAAGAUUCCCACGAGAGAGUGGGUUCCUUAGCAUGCUGUGUUACAACUUUGGAGUAGACCUGUAUCAGAAGAAGAGGCACAAUGAAGCCAUCCACUGGCUCCGAGAAAGUUUUGAUCUCAGCAAAGAAAGGAAAGGAGUUAUGCCUAGAAACCAGGCAAGAACUCUAAGACUCUUGGCAAAUGCCUACAUUGAGAGUAACCCCUCAGAACACUUUGAGAAGGCCUUGAAUGCAGUGUCCCUGGCAAACACAGAGCACUGCCACCCUGCCGGUCUCUACCUGAAGCUCAGAGUACUGCUGAUAGGAGGAGAGAAGGGGGCACCUGUCUCUGCAGUUUUGGAUGACAUCAUUAAGCACUCAGAUUGCACCCUAGAGCUAGGACUGAGCGUAUUACAGCUGUUAAAGCAGUACAAAUGUUUUGAUAACUGUAUGGACUUUCCAUCCAAGUUGAGGAAAAGGUUUGAGCAGUGUCCCGAUGUUGGUCGGCUCUUCAUAACCCAGCUCCAGGCCUUGCUGGAGAGUGACCAGUCCCAGCAGGCAAAGCUUUUCUCUGAAGAAUGCAUCACAGCUCACAACACAGGAAGGCCACUGGACAUAAACACAAGGAAGCAGUUCCACUUGGUGUUUUGGGAGAAGGCUGGAGCUGCUUUUGAGAGUAAAGAGUAUGGCGAGGCCCUGACAUGGUACAACUACUCCCUCAGUUUGUUCUCUCCCAGCGAGAUGACCAGCAUCAACAUGGCCAAACUCCAGAGGAACAGGGCUUCCUGCUUUGUAAACCAAGGACACCUACCACAGGCAAAGGAAGCAAUCCAGCAGGCUGAGAAAUGCAGCCCAGAUGAGGCUCACACCCAGUUUAUCAUCUACAAGAUAGCACUGGCAGAAGAUGAUCAUGAUACAGCCAGCUCCAGUCUACAGAAGAUGGUGACAGGGGGUAAGGAUGGGCCAAAUGUCAGCCAGUCUCAGACCUUCGGUCUCAUCUGUCUAGCUGCUCAAAUGGCUUUAGAGCACAACCACUGUGACACGGCCUGUGUGGCCCUGGACUUCCUCAUCACACACAGUGCUGACCAUCAGCAAACCCUCAUAGCUCUUCGCUGUCUGGUCAGACUCAGGCUGGGACAGGCCGAUAAGAAGAACUACUGCAGUGAAUCCCUUCAACCUAUCAUACCACUGAUCAGAACAGCAUACAACAAACUGCUGAUUCUUGGGAAACAGCCAUCAGGGGAGGGAACUCUGGAGGAGGCCAUGUGGUUCAUGAAAAUAGCAUGGAACCUAGCCUUAAAGUGCGAGGAUGACCCAUUCAGCUUAAAGGACCUCUUCAGUCUCUGUUUAAAGCUGUUGUCCCUGCUGCCAUCAGACAAAGCACUUACAUGUCGCCAGAAGACAUGCACACUGAUGGCUGUUGCUGGUUGUCUGCAGAUGGCUAGAGCUCACCCAGAUGAUGAUAAUAUGAGAGAUGCACUGGAGGAAGCCCUGUGCUACAUUGAAGAAUUCCAGUUGCUCCAGAGGGAUCAGAAGAGUGUUACAUGGACACAGAUAGAAGACACAAAAGGUCCUGAUACCACCGACAUGCUGCUAUUGCUGUAUGAGUUUGAAGCCCGUGUUAAGUUACAAGACAAUGGGGCUGAAGCAUUGCUGGAGAAAGCUCUUACCUUACCUCAACCGGAACCAAAGACUUUUGAGGCUUUUGCAGCCCUCGCUGUGGAGCCACCUGCCUGUGACAGAGGUUUGAGUAUCCGGGCACUCAAGGUGGCGAUCAGAACACACCUGCAGGUGGACCAACCUGACUUCCACAGAUGCAGCAAGGCCAUACACAGCCUGAUCCAGCUGUCGCUGAGCACAGGCCAGUCCAGCAGUAAACAGGAGACGUACAACUACUUCAAGGAGACAAUAGAUGUCAUUGAUAAAAAGGCAAAGGGACAUUAUCCUGAACUGGAGAUUGUUUGGUUGAUGACAAGGGCAUGGAACUGUGGCAUCCAAUUCUACAGUUCCACAGAGUACGAUGAGGCAGAGAGAUGGUGCAGUAUGAGUAUGGGACUCCUCAAGUACUUGACAACCAUGAGGCCCAACUACGAGGAUCAGAUGAACUCAGUGUAUGGCGAGAUACUGGACAGGAUAGAACAAGCCCGAGGUCAGCCAUCAAUGGAGGAGUAGAACACUGACUACAAUCGGUCACUGGACAAGCUGAUCUCUACAACAGUUGGUGCUAAGCAGACCAGCUUGAUAAAUGACUGGCUGAUAUAUUCCUUUUUGUCUUCCUUGACAGUAUUCAGUGUUUGUGUUGAGAUAAAACAUAUCAUUGACUAAAGCUUGUUUUCUAUUUUAGAACCAUUUCGAUGAAUGCACUGGACUGGGUCUGGUGAUAUUUGUAUUCAGUUAAAUUAGAUUGAACAAUAAACAGCAGCAUUCAUAUCA